AUGGCCACCGUGAUCGAUGGCAAAGCGGUUGCGCAAACCAUCCGAUCUGAAAUCGCCGACGAGGUGCAGCUCCUCUCUCAAAAAUACGGCAAGGUUCCAGGAUUAGCAGUGGUGAUAGUAGGGAACAGAAAGGAUUCACAAAGCUAUGUGGGAAUGAAGAGAAAGGCAUGCGCUGAAUUGGGAAUCAAAUCCUUCGAUGUGGACCUUCCCGAGCAAGUAUCCGAAGCUGAACUGAUAAAGCAAGUUCAUGAGUUGAAUGCUAACCCUGAUGUACAUGGUAUUUUGGUUCAGCUUCCGUUGCCUAAGCACAUAAAUGAAGAGAAAGUUCUGACUGAAAUUAGCCUUGAGAAGGAUGUGGAUGGCUUUCAUCCUUUGAACAUUGGCAAGCUGGCAAUGAAGGGUAGAGACCCCCUUUUCCUUCCAUGCACUCCCAAGGCAUGUCUUGAACUAUUACAUAGAAGUGGUGUAACUAUAAAGGGUAAAAAUGCAGUUGUGGUUGGUAGAAGCAACAUAGUAGGAUUACCAGCUUCAUUGUUGCUUGUGAAAGCAGAUGCUACAGUUACUAUUGUACAUUCACACACAAGUCAACCAGAAAGUAUCAUACGUGAAGCAGAUAUUCUUAUUGCAGCAGCAGGACAGCCAAAGAUGAUCAAGGGAAGUUGGAUCAAACCUGGAGCUGCAGUCAUAGAUGUUGGCACAAAUGCUGUUGAUGACCCAACAAGGAAGUCUGGUUACAAGCUUGUUGGAGAUGUAGAUUUUGAGGAAGCAUCUAAAAUUGCAGGUUGGAUUACUCCUGUUCCCGGUGGUGUAGGUCCAAUGACGGUCACAAUGUUGCUGAAGAAUACUUUGGAGGGAGCCAAGCGCUACAUUGAGAAAAAUAAUUGA